AAAGCGUAUUCAGCCACCCAACCCAUCCGUGCAAAUACGAAAAUAAAAUAAACAAGUCCACAACAAAAAUACAAAAAAUAAGAAAAAGCAUUUUUCAGAAAUCAAGCAAGCUCCCAGAGCCAGCCACACCAUAUCUCUCUCUCUCUCAUUCAUUUACCUCCCAAACCCAAAACUCUCAAACACACACUUCACUUCGUACAAACCAACCGAGUGAACAAAACACAAAACAUGAAGCUAACAUCAAAAAGCAUUUCAAGUCCAGCUCGCACAGACAAAUUUCCUCCACCACUAAUGAGAUUCUUAAGAAGCAAUGCAGGAAGUAGAAGCAGAAGGUCAAGGUCUAGUCCUAUGUUCGUUCUCCGCAAAAAAAACAACACCACUAACAUUGAAACUCAAGAACCUUCUUCCCCUAAAGUCACUUGCAUGGGUCAAGUAAGAGCCAAACGCUCCUCCAAAUCUAAAUCCAAACAAAAACAAAAACAAUCCUCCACCGCUCCAACUCACUACUGCUGGUGGAUUAAAAAGCCCAACACAUGCCGAUGUCGGCCUGUUUGGCCCAAAUGGACUUUCUUUCGAAGAAAACCCACUAAACAACCCAAACAAGAUUCACUUAAAUCAGACUCUAAUAGUAAUUUCCACCAACAAAACGAACAGAGAUGUAGUGUUACUGUUGAUAUUGAUAACGAUUUCGCCUCACAUUCAAAUUCAAAUUCAAACUCUUUUUCUCCUCCCAAAAACGCUUUCCUAUUAACAAGGUGUAGAUCCGCACCGUACAGAUCUUCAUCUCUUGCAAGUAGGUUUUGGAGUUCCCCUUUAAGAAACGAAGAAACAGAAUCUACUUCCGUUGACGAUAACGAGAAACAGAGUUCUCAUUCGAAGCAGAGAGAGUCAAUUUCUGAUAAAGAUGAAUCGGUAAGCGAAAUAAUCGGUUCAAUUAGGGAUUCAGAAAAUGUUAAAGAGUUGUUGUUAUUGAAAGAAAGGGAAAUGCAAAAGGAAGAAGAUUCUACGGUGGCGCGUGCUGUUGUACUCACUCGGUGCAAAUCGGAACCGGCGCGAACCGGUUACGGAGUUGAAGCUGAGGUAAAUAGUUUAUGGAAAAAAACAAGGUUGGAUUUUGCUGUUACCUCUUCUCCUCUCCGCAUACUUCCUGAUUAAUUAAUUUUUAUUUUUAUUAUUAUUACUUUACUCUACUUUUUUGUUUUUCAUCAAUAGUUUUUACUUAUUAGGGUUGAAUAUAGUUCUCAAAAUCAGUUGAAUAUAAUAAUAGUUCUCAGUUUUUUUUU